AUGUCUAAGUUCUAUGACUUACCGGGAUCGCAUCUGCCGGCAGGUUCAGAAUCAUCGCCGUUAUUGACCAGAAGAAAGAGUUUGACGUACUUUCGAUACCGUGAUACUCCAGUCGGAGAGCAAAAAUCAUCUAAAUAUGACUUAGAGAACCCGCAUAGAAACAAGUUGGGCACUUUCAACGGGGUGUUUGUGCCCACAGCACUUAAUGUGCUUUCGAUCUUGAUGUUUUUGAGAUUUGGAUUCAUCAUAGGACAGAUGGGUAUUUUAGGGACGUUCUUCCUAUUGGGCAUUUCUUUUUUGAUUGACCUGUUAACGACUUUGAGUAUAUCUGCCAUCAGUACUAACGGUAUCGUGAGGGGUGGUGGUGCCUACUAUAUGAUUUCAAGAUGUUUAGGACCAGAAUUUGGUGGUUCUAUUGGGCUGAUUUUUUUUGUAGGUCAAAUAUUGAACAGUGGUAUGAACAUUGUUGGUAUAGUGGAACCAUUAUUGUACAAUUUUGGUGCUACUGACGGAGUUUUAGCCCAGGUACUUCCGGAAGGUCACUGGUAUGAGUUUUUGUAUUCUACUGUGCUACUUCUAAUGUGUCUUGGUGUUGCAUUAGUUGGUUCUCAGACCGUUUCGCGUGCUGGUAACGUGCUUUUCUGGUUGCUAUUAGCCUCCACUAUAUCUAUUCCUGUGUCAGUGAUGUUUGUGAAACCAUUUGAAUUCAACGGCAUUAUAUAUACUGGCCCCUCUUUUGCUGUUUUGAAGCAGAAUCUCUACCCUAAGUUCACCAAGGGCGCCGCUGGUUCUCUCAUGAAGGGAAAAGAGACGUUUAAUGAUUUGUUUGGUAUUUUCUUUCCAGCCACUGCAGGUAUAUUUGCUGGUGCAGGAAUGUCAAGCGAAUUGCGCAAGCCUUCAAAAUCUAUCCCAAAGGGUACUUUAUGGGGUCUCUUACUAACUUUUGUGUGCUAUUCCUCCGUUAUUCUUUCCCUUGGAUGUUCAGUUCCUAGAGCAUCAUUGCAUGAAGAUGUGCAAAUCAUACAAACCGUGUCCGGUUUCCAAAGUAUUAUUCUUGUCGGUGAGUUAUCCACAUCAGUCUUCUCUGUCAUAGUUGGUAUGGUAGGUGCCGCUUACGUGCUAGAAGCAAUUUCAAAAGAUAAUAUCCUACCAGGAAUUUCAAUUUUUGGGGAAAAACCAACACUAUGCUUGCUUUCAUCAUGGUUCUUGACCCAACUUUGUUUGUUUUCCGAUGUGAAUAACAUCGCUACCUUUAUUACAAUGACUUUUCUUAUGACUUUUAUUGUUAUGAACAUGGCCUGUUUCUUAUUGGAAAUAUCGUCCGCUCCUAAUUUUAGACCAUCUUUUAAAUGGUUCAAUAGGUACACCGCUCUGCUUGGAGCGAUAUUGGCUAUACUUGCCAUGUACGUUGUCGAUAAUGUUUCUGCUUCUGCUGUUAUCUCAUUUUUAUGUUUGUUGUUUGUUAUUAUUCAUUACUUCUGUCCUCCUAAGCCAUGGGGAGAUGUUUCACAGUCUUUAAUUUAUCACCAAGUGCGGAAGUAUUUGUUAAGGUUAAAACAAGAUAACGUCAAAUAUUGGAGGCCGCAGGUACUACUUUUAGUUGAUAAUCCACGAACAAGUUGGAAUUUGAUUAAGUUUUGUAACCAUUUGAAGAAAGGUGGUUUGUAUAUAUUGGGCCAUGUUACAGUAGCAGCUGAUUUCCAAUCAGAGUACCAAGAGUUAAAUAAACAAGUGAGAGCAUGGAUGAACAUCAGAGAUAUGGCUGGAAUCAAAGCCUUUGUGCAAAUUGGGAUGGGUCCAACAUUGGCGUGGGGUAUUAGAAAUGUCUUCAUGGGAUCCGGUCUAGGUGGAAUGAAACCUAAUAUCACUGUUAUAGGGUUUUUUGAUUUAAAGAACUAUUUGAAUAACAAAGUCCCACAGAGGACAGGUACUCCUAGUCCGUUAAGAGAUGAUAUAUAUUUGAAAGCAACCAAAAACAAUGAUCGUAUUUCUAUAGACAUACCUUCUAAUCCCGGAUUUGCUUCUUUACCUACUGAUGAAUGUAAGAAUGAAGAAAAAGUAAAACUUCAACAAUGGGUUCAAGUAAUUGAAGACCUUUCUUUAAUGAGAAGUAAUAUAGCUAUUGCUUAUGGCUUCAAAAAUCUUCAGCUUCCAAAAAAGAAUGAAACAAGAGAGCAUAAAGGUUAUAUUGACUUAUAUCCUAUUCAAAUGUCGGCAACAAUCGUGAAUGAAAACUCUUCAGGUGAAGUUACAACCACGAAUUUUGACACAUACACUCUUAUCUUACAAUUAGGUGCCAUACUAACAACCGUUCCAGACUGGCACAAAACUCAUCAAAUACGUGUGAUCGUAUUUGUAGAGAAUGAAACAGAACGUUCUGAUGAAAGGAAGAGAAUUGAAAACUUGUUAUCAGUUCUAAGAAUUGAAGCAGAAGUUCUUGUUUUAUCCUUAGAUCAAUUCCGGGUUUAUAAUACUAUUGUUAAAGGCGAUCCGAUUUCAAAGCAAUACGUUGAUGAUGCACUUAAGGAGGACGAUUGGUGGAACGAAUUGACAGAAGAACGAACAAGACAACAUCCGAUCCGUAAAUUUACUUCGACAGAGCCCACAAGUGUCAAAAUUGAUGGUAACCAUUUAGAAAAAAGGUACGAUGUCUCAAAACUACAAAGACUCGGGGUGUCUUUAACUAUGACAUCUAGUAUGCCGGCAACCGAUAUGCCUUCAAAUGAGUCUGAAUAUGAGUCGGACUACGUUGCAGAUACAUAUGGAUCUACAUCGACACUCUUGAAUACCCCCGGCCAGAAUAAUAAUAACUUGCAUCCUGUCAGAUCUAUGAGAUUGAGGGAUGACGCAUCGGUUAGAACUUCCCGACCAGUAUUUUCAAGUAAAGCUAUGCCAAAAACAAAAGUUAUUGAGGAGGCAACAGGUGAACAGCCCACGUUGGUGCCCGUUGUAGAUAAUUCUACUAAUGGAAAACUAAGGCCCAUUUUACACCCACUAUCUCCAUGUCAGUCUUCGUCAGAUGUUAUUGAGGAUACUGACGAACUAACUUUCAAUCAAUUAUCGAGUAGGGCUCAACAUCUUGUGUUGCAUGAUAUGAUGUCACAAGUUUCUUCAAAAUCUAAAUUAUUACUCUCAACAUUGCCAUUACCACCUCUUGGAACUCACAAAAGUGAGCAUGCAAGUCUAGAGUACGUGCAGAAUAUCGAUUUAUGGUUAGAUGGCUUGCCCCCUACUAUUUUAAUCAACUCGCAGUCUAUGACCGUCACAACUGCAUUAUAG